AUGGAAAAAUCAACCGUUUCCGACAAGGUCACCCCGGCCGAUUUGAGCGAUGAUGCGGAGAAGAUGGGAGGAUUCCAUCACUGCAUGCAUGACCCAUCCAGCAACAAGACAGAGCUGUCUGAUUCAGACUCAGCCGAGUUUCAGGGUGGUGUCCAGCGUGUGAGAGCUAUGACAACGACGUGGUCGACCAAGACUCUGGUGCUCAUGUUUAUUCUAACAAAAGUUAACACCCCGUCGGCAAACAGAUUAUACCUCGUGUCAUUUGUAGAUGCACUCUUGGGUAGUGUCGAGGGUUCACUGAACCCCUAUAUCACGUCCUCAUUCGACAAACACGGCCUGCUCACAGUCGUCAGCGUCGUUUCUACAAUCCUCGGUGGUUCAUCCACACUUAGCCUGGCCAAGAUCAUUGACGUCUGGGGGCGUGUAGAGGGGUUCCUCCUCAUGCUCCUUCUUGUCACCAUCGGUAUGAUCAUGAAGGCCACAUGUACAAGCAUGGAGAUGUAUACCGCAGCUCAUACUCUAUACUGGGUGGGCCACAUCGGUCUCAUAUAUGUCGUGGAUAUCAUGCUGGCGGAUAUGACCUCCCUGAGAAACCGGAUGUUGAUACUUGGCAUCAACGGCACACCGGGUAUAGCAAGUGUCUUUGCAGGACCGAAGAUCGCGAAUCUAUUCUACACCAACCUUGAUUUUCACUGGGCAUUCGGCGCAUUUGCUAUCAUGUUGGUUGGUGUCAGUAGUCCUGCCGCUGUUGUGAUGCUGGUUAUGCAGCGUCGCGCUGAGAGAACCGGCGUCCUUGAGAAAGCCCGCUCGGGGCGUGUGUGGUGGCAGUCCGUUGCUCACUAUUGCAUCGAGUUCGAUGUUAUUGGAAUCAUCUUGAUCACAGCCGCCUUCUCCUUGAUUUUGCUCCCCUUCAGCAUCGCCUCCUACGGCCCCAAGGGCUGGGCUACCGGAUACAUCAUUGCGAUGGAAGUCCUCGGUGUAGCCUGUAUACCAGUAUUCUAUAUCUGGGAGCGGUACUACUCUCCAGUGCAGUUCCUUCCGUGGAGGUAUCUGAAGGAGCCAACGAUUAUCGGCUCGUGUCUGCUGUACGGCGUGAUGUUUAUAUCUGUUUUCGCUUGGAAUAGUUACUUCGGCUCUUACCUGCAAGUUGUCAACAGACUCGACAUCACGACUGCCGGCUACGUGCUCAACUCUUUCUCACUGACUGCCUUCAUCUUCAACCCGAUCAUCGGCCUAUUGAUCAGAUAUACAGGCGACUUCAAGUGGACCGCAAUGGCCGGCGUACCAAUUUUCCUCCUAGGCACGGCCUUGCUCAUCCCAUUCCGCACACCAGACACCCAUGUCGGUCUGCUCACAAUGGUCCAAAUCCUGGUUGGACUGGGUACCUGUCUCUUCACAGUAUGCGGACAGAUCGCUGUGAUGGCAUCAGUAAGGCACCAAGACAUUGCCGUAGUCAUGGCAAUCUGGGGUCUGUUUGGAUCGAUCGGCGCCUCAGUGGGUAUAGCCAUCGCUGGUGGAAUGUGGAACAAUAUUCUGCUGGACCAGUUGCGUAACCGGCUACCAGAGGCGAGCAAGCCUCUGGCGGAAAGUAUCUUUGCCAACAUGGUAACGCAGAUGUCAUACCAGGAUGGUACGCCCGAGCGGGAUGCCAUUGUUGGGGCGUAUGGUGAUUUGCAGCGGAAGAUGGCUAUUGUUGGUGUUUGCUUUGUACCAUUGUGUAUUCUCUGCACUUGGUUCUGGCGGAAUGUCAACGUCAAGAGAUUGGAGAAGGAGCAGACUACUGGACAUGUAUUUUGA